AGUAGACUCUACCGCAUCUAAUAAGGUGAAUACUGAGUUUGAGUCCACUUAGGAUACACUCAGCUAGUCAGUGGCCAGUAUCGGACCAGACUCGCCUGAUAUACAGCUAUCUUUAGCUCGAUCGCAACCGUUUCCCAAGUCUCUUUCGGGUUUAAGCAUGUCGUUGAACUGGGAUGAGUUUCUUGUUGGUGAUGCCUUCGACUUCCCGCAAUGGCCUGAGUCGGCAGAGUACAAAUCGAUGCCACCGCUAUCAACCAACACCGACUUGCACACAGCGAAUGACCCCCAAUCAUAUGGCUAUACGCCUUACGAAGACAGCACAUACGAGCAGUGCGAGUACACAACACUCCCAGACAGUUCACGUCGCACGUCGCGACCUCUGCAAAGCGAUAUCAAUUUCGGCCCGGCCAAACCAGACCCAACAAAGAUGGCCGUAAUCCAUGAAGAUAAUAACCCUUCCAUUCCAUCGAAACUUGAGACUCAAGAAAGCCCCUUGACGAAGCGAACCAAAAACAGCACCGAUAACAUCUCAGCAUGCUGGACAUCCCCCCUUUGCCCAAACAACCACGGUCAGGGAGAGUCGCCUCCUGACCCAGCAAGCUGCGGAGGCGGAUGUGCUCCAUUCCUAUUCGGAGACCCGCAAGACUCCCCAGCAUCAGCACUCAACGACACCAUCCCCGCAAACGAAAUAAGCAUCGACCCAGACACCCUCGAACCGCCAGCCAACCUGCCUCCAUCACACCAGCAUCUAAAGCGCAGCGACAGCAACCGCAGCGCCCAACCCCAAGGCAGCCGCACCACCACAACCCAAACCCCACCCAAACCAGAGCACUCCAACAUCACCUCCAGCAACAGCCCCCCGGCCGACGACCCAUCCCCAGAAGCACCGCACGACCACUCAUCCUCUUCCUCCUCCCACGCCAAACCACCCAAACGCCAACCGCACAACCAGGUCGAGCGCAAAUACCGCGAAUCGCUCAACACCCAGCUCGAGUCCCUCAAGAAGGUCGUGCCCAGCCUGAAGCCCAAGACGCCGUGCGCCGCCGCCGUCGUCCAACCGGAUGAUAUCGAGGAUCUGCCGGCGCCGAGUAAGCCGUCCAAGGCCGUCAUCCUGGCGAGCGCGACGGCGUAUAUACGGCAGAUGGAGCGGGAUAAGCGCGACAUGGCGGAUGAGAUUGAGGGGUUGCGGAGGAAGGUUGCGGCGCUGAGUGCGUUGGUCAAGUGUGAGGACUGUACGGUGAUGCAGUAUGUCAUGAAUCUGAAUUUGGGGAUGGCCAAGUGAGAUGGCUUGGAAGGUGAUGCUCCCAUUUGAGGCGGGACGUGGCGUUGGUGUCUCUUCCAUUAAGAACGUCGGCAUUUGGUGGUCAUAGGAGGCUAUAAAGAUUGUAAUCGUGCUGGUUGACAAGACCACAAAAAGC